ACGUCGCGGAAGAAAAAAAAAAAAAACAGCAGCAUUGGCGGCCGUUGGGGAAGAGAGUAAAUAGAGGGAGAAGCCUCAAGAUGGCUGACUCGCAGGGCUCUGUUCACCUCUCCGGAGCUCUGGCUGUUGCUCCUUCUCCUUCCGCUGCCGGAGCUUCGGUCAAAAACGGACUCGGUAAGGCAACCGAGUCGAAGGGAGCCGCUGACAACCGCCCGCAGUGUUCCGGAGAUUUUAGCCCACCGCCACCGCCACCCAAGAAGGUCCGAGUCGAGGAGAGGAGCGUUAAACCCAAGAAAGUCAGCAAGGACGGGAGUGAUGGAAGCAACGGCAGCGGGAAAAAGAAAACCCAGCAGCUCACUAAGCAGCAGAAUUGUAGUAGCAGUAGCGCGGGGUUAUGGAGCUUCAGCCCGGGUAAGACGAGCAGCAGCAGCAACCCUCCCGUGCCUGCUACCGAUGGAUCCCAGCCACUCAAAGUCUUUAAACAGAGCGAUUUCUUCCUCCACAAGGCGCCUUCCUUGAAAACCAAGUGUAAAGAUAAACAGAAGGAGAAGGAGAGAGAAAAAAGGAAAGGAGCCGGGGAGGAGAAAAAGAAACAUAAACUGUUGGUGACCUCCGGAGUUGGGAAUAAUGUUACUAACAGCAACGACAUUAAAGGAUUUAACAACGUUUCUGCAGCGAAAAGAGAAAAUGGAGAUGUCCUGUUGCCAUCAAAAGAAAACCCCAACAAGGACGAGAUGAAGGCUCGCGAAAAGAAGAAGGUGAAAGAACGAGAGAAGGAGAAGAAAAAGCACAAAGUGAUGAAUGAGAUCAAGAGGGAGAACGGCGAAGUCAAGCAGCCGAUUAAAGAAGAAAAAGAGAAAGCGAAGAUCAAGUUGGAGGAGCAGCAAAUCAAAAAAGUGAAGAAGAAAAAGAAGAAGAAACACAAAGACGGGGAGAAGCACAAGCGAGUGAAGAUGUACCACCGCUCCUGCCAGACCAUCUGUGCCGGCCUGCUUCUCCUACCACCUCCUCCCUCCUCAUCCGCCAACUCCUUCUCCUCCUCUGAGCAAACAAACGACUCUUCUGCGUCGCCCUUCAAGUCUCCUCCACCCGUUUACCUCACGCCCAACAACAAAAACUCCAAUCUCUGGCCCUCUUCUCCUCUUCCUCCUGCCUCCAAGUCACUCUUCAACUCCUCCAACUCAAAGCUCCCCUUUUCUACAAAACGCAACUUGCAGAGCAUCCAUCCUGGAAUGGCAGGCCUCGAGUUUGCACCCUACAUUUAUAUCGAAAACCAACCGAAUGGAGGGGCUCUGGUAGCUCAUGCGUAUGCAUCUCAGCUCUCCUCUCUCUCUGUGGACCAGAGGCAGAGAUUUGCCCAGGAGUUUGUCACGUUAUCGUUCAGCGAGGACCAGUCCAAGGCAGCUCACUACGUCAUGGGAAUUGUUCACGGAGAAGCCAAGAACCUUCCCGACUUCUUGGAUUACUUUUCGACCAAGUUCCCAUCGGCUCCUGUCAAAAUGGAAAUACUCGGAAAGAAGGACAUAGAAACAACCACUAUGGCUAAUUUCUGCUCUCAGGUGAAGAGAACGUACAGCCACGGUACGUACAGAGCUGGAGCGAUGAGACAGAUCAGUCUGGUGGGAGCCGUGGACGAAGAGGUCGGGGAUUAUUUCCCAGAGUUCCUCAGCUUGCUGGAGGAGUCCCCCUUCCUGAAGCGGACUCUUCCGUGGGGAACGCUUUCCAGCCUGAGAAACAUGAGUCCAGCAAAGAGCGACGACGGUCCGAUAAUGUGGGUCAGACCAGGAGAACAGAUGAUACCUGUAGCCGAUAUACCAAAGUCUCCUUUUAAAAGAAAGCGCUCCACUAACGAGGUGAAGAAUCUGCUCCAGUCGAUGCCCCGGACCAGCGAGCCCAGAGAGAUUCUGUUCGAGGACCGGACCCGCGCCCACGCCGACCACAUCGGCCAGGGCUUCGAGCGUCAGACCACGGCGGCCGUGGGAGUGCUGAAGGCUGUCUGCACUGUAGAAAGGUCGGAGCCGCCUCGUGUAACCAAAGACGUUGUUUGUUUCCAUGCUGGGGAUUUCCCUCACGUCGUUCAGAGGCUGCAGUUGGACUUGUACGAACCGCCGCUGUCUCAGUGCGUCCAGUGGGUGGAUGAUGCCAAGCUGAACCAGCUUCGGCGGGAGGGCAUCCGCUACGCCCGCAUCCAGCUUUGCCACGACGACAUCUACUUCAUCCCCCGCAACGUGGUCCACCAGUUCAAGACGGUGUCGGCCGUCUGCAGCCUGGCGUGGCACGUACGCCUGAAGCAGUACCACCAGGAGGAGGAAGAAGAGGAGGUGGAGGAGAAGGCUGCUGUGAAGGAGGAGACAUUGAUUCUGGCUGAGGAGCAGGGUGGAGAGAAGAAGGAGAGGAUAAAGGAGGAAGAGGAGGAGGUGGCUGUGGCAGACAAACGGACGUUGCUCACUGGCAAAAAGGAAGAAGGCGAUGAUCGUCUUCUGUCGCCUCAAAACUCGGACGACAUCUCAGAUGCCAGCAGAGACGAAGAGGAGGCGACGCGAAGGAAGGAAGAACCUCACCGAGUUUCUCCUCCUGAAAAGAUGAAGACAGAAGCUCCAACUUCUCCUCCCUACAAAAAUAAAUCACCCUCUCCUCUUCAUCUCCCUCCCAAUGCUUCUCCUCAUAAGGACGUGAAAUCCAAAGCCUCAGCUAAGCCUCACCUCCACAGUCACCCUGACAGCAGGACGGCGUCUUCCUCCUUGCCUCAGAAAUCCCCCGGUUGCUCCAAGUCUUCCGCCCGCGUGUCGUCCUCGCCUCCAGCAGUAGCCGCCUUCACUUCCUCGCACACUGUGUCUUCUACCUCCCCGUCUCCGUCGGCUUCCUCUUUGUCUCUGACGAGUCCCGCGUCUGCAGCAGAGGCUCUUUUGAAAACUCUUCCUCCUUCCACCGUUUCUUCUUCCCUCCAGCUGCAUUCGUCUUCCCAUUCGGAGCAACCGGACGAUUCCCGCACGAAGGACUCCGUCCGGACUCCGGUGCCGUCCGACCUGAGGAAACCGCCGCAGGGGAGACUCGCGGCGGACGUACAGAUUCGCUCUUCCCCAGCUGAGCGUUGGACCCGCCCGGUGGCGGACACACGGACGCAAACUGCCUCCGAUUUGGAGACGAGAACUCGCGACUCGGAUCCCGACUCCAGGACUUGUGUUGAUGUGCAGCAGCAUCUGGCGCUAGACGGGACGCGGCGAGGGGUGUACAUGCAGCAGUACCCCCCCCAGCACCUCCCGCAGAUACUCCCCCCUCCAUUUCCCCCUCUGCUCCCCUCCCACUCCCACCUUCAACCUCGCGUCCUUCCUCAGACGCCCGUGUCCAGUCCCCAUGAGCAGCGCCCUCUGAACUCUUUCCUCAGUCAGGCGGCGCCGCCCCAUUCGGUUCACCUGGGCCACCUGCAGCCCCCCCACCCGCCCAGCCUCACCACACAGUCUCAGCCUUACUUCAUGGUCCCUCCAUCCUCCUCCCCCUCUCAGCCAAACGCCCCCCUCACCAGCUCCCAGUCUCUCUCGCCUCAUUUCUCCUACCACCACCAGUUCGCCAAACCCUUCUUCCACCCCCAGCACCCCGGCUUCCCCUCUCACCCCUUCCUCCCUCAUCAGUCCUUCCUCCCGCAGCCGCCCGCAUCUUACCCACUGCAGCCACAGUACCAAACCUCAGCACCGGUGCAGCCCCAGAUGCUUCUGUCGCAGUCGUUUACCUCC